CAUAUCUCGCACUUACAGAAUACUGAAGCUACGUGGAGACAAGCAUGCAGGGUUUCCGUAAGUUUAGGCGUUUGAUAGGUAGUAAUUUGUAAUUUUAUGACAUCUGACUGGAUGAAUUAGUUCAAGUUAACCAGUACUUUUCCAACAAAUCAAUGGAAUGUUCUAGAAUGGUCAUGUGAUGCCCACAGACCAGUUAUGUCGCACUUUUGAAAAAUACUCUGACGUACAUGUCCUUGCUUUUUUCGAAGUACAACUUUACAGCAAGCUCUUAUAGGGGUGGAAAGACUUAACUUAAGUCUGUCAGGUCGACGGUGAACAUUUAAAAUGUUGUAAAGGUAUAUUGUUUGUGUUCUUUGCUCGUCGUCCAGGAAAACGAAGAACACAGUAGCACGUGAAGCGUUUUGACCAAUUGGCGUUCGAGUUCCAAACAGAAGGGUAUAAAUACCAGGCGGUUGGUCAAAGAGACGUCCGCCAUUGAAGACUGCCUUGCCGCGAAAUUUGUUAAAAAUAAGAUUGAAUAUUGGUUUUCAGUUAAUUAUUUCAAAUACAAUAUUACGUUGGGUAGUUGUAUAAACGCGAGUAACAGCGUCAAGAUCCAGCUCGUCUCAACUUUCCAGCAGAACAGCUCGGCUCAGAACGUCUGUCUCAGUUCGGCAGUAAAAACAAUCUUGUUGUGCCAGAAACGGAAAGUGGCACAGGCAGAAGAUGUGCAGUGAGCGCUGAGCAGCCCCCACAAAAUUAGCUCACAGACCCUCAGCAUUGGGGCCCCCUCUUGCCCCCCUCGAGAUGUCCGACACGAUGCAACCCCCCAUGAACACAACGGCCGGGAAUCCCCUGCCUCCAGAAUACAAAAACCCCAAGAAGCCUGGCCGUCUCACCAACCAACUGCAGUACCUGGAGAAGGUGGUUGUGCGAGCACUAUGGAAGCAUCACUUCGCCUGGCCUUUCAGAUACCCGGUGGACGCAGUCCAGCUUCACCUACCUGAUUAUUAUAAAAUCAUUAAAAAACCCAUGGAUAUGAACACAAUCAAGAAACGUCUGGAGAACAACUACUACUGGAAAGCCAUGGAAUGUAUUGAAGACUUCAACUCAAUGUUCACCAACUGCUACUUGUACAAUAGGCAUGGAGAUGACAUUGUCCUGAUGGCCCAGGCUCUAGAGAAGCACUUCCUGGAGAAGGUAGUGGAUAUGCCUCAGGAAGAGUGUGAGAUGAGCGCCGUGACAACGAAGGCUCCAGGGAAGGGGAGGAAGUUGUCAGCAGGCCUGGUGAAGCAGAGGCCCCAGUCUCCCGUGUCAGAGGUUGUGUUCCAGCAGACAGUGACAGUCAUCCCCUCAGAGGCGCUUCACACCAUGCCCACUACCCCUCUUUCUGCUCAGCUCACUGCAAAAAUCAAAAAAGGGGUGAAGCGAAAAGCUGACACCACCACGCCUGUGGGCACCACACUCCCCAGCUGCGAGUCGUCGCCUGCCACGGGGGACGCCAAGGCGCUGAAGGUGUCCUCCCGGCGGGGCAGCGGCCGGCCCAUCAAGCCCCCGAGGAAAGACCUGCCCGACUCGCCCCAGCAGCACCAUCACGGCGCCAAGAAGGCCAAGCUGUCGGAACGGUUGAAGCACUGCAACAUCAUCCUGAAGGAUUUGUUUGCCAAGAAGCACCAGACCUACUCCUGGCCCUUCUACAAGCCUGUGGACGUGGAGGGUCUUUGCCUGCACGACUACUAUGACAUUGUGCCGCAGCCCAUGGACAUGGGCACCAUAAAGAAAAAGAUGGACAACCGAGAAUACACAGAUGCCCUGCAGUUUGCAGCGGACGUUCGACUCAUGUUCUCUAACUGUUACAAAUACAACCCCCCCACACAUGAGAUAGUUGCCAUGGCACAGAAACUACAGGAGGUGUUUGAGUCACGCUUUUCCAAGAUUCCUCCCGAGCCGGCGAAGAGUGAUGCCCCCGUUCGGACGCUGAGCCUGAAGGAGAAGAGGCAAGUUGAGAGCCCCUCGAGCUCAGAGAGCAGCGACAGCUCCUCCGACUCCGACAGCUCCUCCGAAUCAGAGGAGGAGGAGAAGGAUGAUGAAGAGGCGCGGGCCAAGCACCUGUCCAAUCUCAAGGAGCAGCUGAAAGCCGUCCAUGAUCAGCUACAGCUACUAACGCAGGCGCCCCUCCUGAAGCCAAAGAAGAAAGAAAAGUCAAAGGACAAAAAGAGGAAAAAGGAGAAGGAGGCCCCUAAAAGUAAACGGGAGGACACAAAGGGCCACAAAACCAAGGCAAAAGUGCAGAAGAAAGGAAGCAAGGGAAGUCACCAAAAGGACUCGCUUGAGCUGUCUGAGGACGAGGCUGUGGCACUGCCCAUGUCAUACGAGGAGAAGCGGAGGCUGAGCCUGGACAUCAAUAAGCUUCCCGGGGACAAGCUGGGCAAGGUGGUAAACAUCAUCAAGGCCCGCGAGCCUGCGCUGCGAGACACCAACCCCGAGGAGAUCGAGAUCGACUUCGAGAUGCUCAAGCCAUCAACGCUCCGAACACUGGAGGCUUUCGUCCAGACAUGCUUGAAAAAGCGACGCAAAACCCCCGGCCAGAAACAGGCAGAGAAGCCCAAAGGAGAGAAGCACGGCACGAAGAAGGACGCUGACAAACAGAAUGGAGGCGAGGAGCUCACGAAGAGGACGAACGCCAAGAAUGAGCCCCCCUCAGCAGUCUGUGAGCUGGGCCAGACCUCGCGCCUCAGCGACAGCAGUAGCUCCUCCUCCAGCUCUGACAGCAGUAGUAGUGAUUCUAGCUCCUCUGAUAGCAGUGACUCUGAAUCAGAGAGAAAGGCAAAGAGGAAGCACCCCAAAACCAGCGCACACAAAAGCAAAGUAAAAACAAAGGAGUUGAAGCGGGCAGCACUUCUGAAAGAGGGCCCUGUAGGAGAGGACCCAUUACUGGCAUCUCUUCAGACAAGCGGGUCGUCGUCUCUUCCUCCUUCAGCCCGGGAGGCCACAGCCUCCACUGCAGAGUCUAAAAGUCUGACCGUGCAGAAGCAGCACGGCAUUCUGCCUCCAACAGAGAGCAUUGCAUCACCCCCAGCCUUACAUAGUUGCCUGCCCCCACAGCCAGCUCCACCCAGCACCAAAGCAGCCGCUCUACCUCGCAAAAACCGGACAUGCCCCACACCACAGCUUUCUCUAGAACAGGACACAGAGAUGACCACGACACCACCAAAUCCCAAUACCCCCAAUACACCUCUGCACAAAGACGUAUCAGGCACCCCUUCUAAAACGCCUCCCUUAGUCCUUGACACCAGUGCCCCCUGUUCCCCGUCUCUGCCCCUAGCCGACUCCCCUGCCCCUGUCCCUCAGCCCCUCACACAGGACUCAGGACUGGAGCAGAGUACUCCCAGCCCCUUGGAGAAUCCUCCAAGGCCUAGUAGUGUUACCCAGCAGGAGGAAGUGCCACCCCUCCUAUCACCUCUGACCUCCCCACCUAGUUUGUCCAACUCCCACACAGAGCAGCCCAAAACAUUUGCUGCACAGAAAGACGAGCCCGUAGGAGAUCCCUCUCUGCAGUCCAAACUGCCGGGCACUAGACACCCUGACAGCGAAGAUCAACUCAGACCUAAUGCAGACCUGGUCAAACCCGGUCAGACCAAAAAGGAUAUAGUUGUGAAGAAUGCUGACUCCUGGGCCAGUCUUGGUAAGAUGGCCUCCCUGGCCCCCUCCACUCUCAAAGCCUCCAAAGAAAGCUUCCAACAGUUCCGUAAGGUUGCCAUGGAGAAGGAGGAAAGGGAGAGGGCGCUAAGACGACAGCUACUGGAUGCUGGUCGUGACCGGAAGCCUCAAGAGAGAAAUGGUCCCCAGCAGCCAGUGCGCUCUGAGCCAGAACCCUCAACCAGACAGGACUCGGCGGACCCCGGUGAGCUCCCCAUCAUUGCCGCCAUCUUGGACCACCCUACAGCCACGGAGGCGCAGCCAGCCGAGGCACGGCCUCCCACACCACCUGCCCAACCCAGUGCCCAGAGCAGCAUGGACCGCCAGCGCGAGAUGGCACGCAAGAGGGAGCAGGAGCGACGCCGGCGGGAGGCCAUGUCUAGUGUGAUUGACAUGACCAUGCAAAGUGACAUCAUGGCCACAUUUGAGAAGAACUUGGAUUGAAGUUGGUCUGAGGCUGAUGUUGCCACUCUUGCAGUUCGCUCAACUAUAAAACAACAUAGUGUCCUGUCCCUCUCUGACACACCCACAUGCCCUGCACUUCACAUUUCAGAAGUUCAAGAUGCUGGAUGCCUGAAUAUUGAAACUUAGAAUUAUUGAGGACAGAAAUGGGUUAAGUGUUUAGAAAACUAGUGGUUGAGUUUGAAACCACAAAAGAAAAGAAGAAAAACUGAGGGAGUUUCUGAUUUAAGAUUUAUAAAACAUGCAUCCUGUAGAUAUUGUACAGUGUUAAGUAUAUAAAUAUAUAUAUAUAUAUAUAUAUAUAUAUAUAUAUAUAUAUAAAUAUACAUGUAUGUAUGGCUGAAUGAGGACCAGAUUCUUGCCUUUCUCCUUCGUACUCGUUCCUGGGGUUUCAGGAACACCUGCACUGAGUCAUUGUUGAUUGUUCGACAGCAGACCUUUUGAGAGAGGAAUUUUGGAGGGGGAGUGAACAAAAAAGAUUUUUCACAGAGUAGGUUGGUGAUUAAGAUUUGAUUGACCUUAGUCUCAUUUAGUGCGUUCUCUAGCACUCUCUCCCUUUAGCGCUCUCUCCUUUUUUUUCAAAUUUGGUAAAGUGUUAAUCUAGUGGUCUGUACCCUGGAAAGUAUCAAGUUGAAAAAAAAAAAAAAAAGAAUUACAUUCCAGCGGUUACAACUGUAAUGUUAUAUCCCAUUUUUUUUUCUGCUCGAGUUUUGAAGUGGCAGUACCGUAACUGUACUGUAUUAAAUGGGGUAGGUCUUUUUUUUUCUUAAUUUACUACCUUAGUCUUUCAAUUACUCCUCUUCAGUGACAUUCUAAAGUAUGUUAAGUGUUAUAUUUGUAUUAUUUAAAUUGAGGAAAAAAAAUACUUUUCUAUUUUACAUUUCUUUAGUGAAAUAACACAAUCGGCUAUAUAUGCAUAUGGGUAUUGAAAGUGUUUGGUAAUCUGUAAUAAAAAGUUUACAUAUUUUGUUACUGUAUAA